AUUCUGUCAUGUGUGAAGCCACAAAGGCCGUUCUGUCCGGCAGCACUGAGAGUACACUAUUCAUCCGUCUUUCUAUGGGACACGCAGAUAUCUCUCGACCCUUUAUUGCCACAUCUCCUUGUUUUGUUUGUUUACUUAGAUGCAGUCGUUUAAAGGAUGCCUCUGGUGUCGCUCUUUGUUUUUUUAUUGUCAACAGACCCGAUAAAAAGUUAGUUAGUCGAGCUCCAAAGCUUCUUGAAUCUCUGCCGCUGACUAUUUCAGUGCGUUUGGACCAAAACAACCAACAGAGCCAAUCAGGGCUCAGGGGGCUGCAUCAAGAAUGGGCUCGUUUUGUUCCCGCGCUGGAGAUCAAAAAAUGACAAAAGACACCAGAGCCAAAAUGGCCGCGAGCGCAGAAGAGAUGGACGCUGACGCGGCUUCUCCCAACCCGCGCUCGGCAAUGGACUACACGAACAACGCCUCCGACAGCUACAGCUCCGGAGACACCAUGACCUCCUCCUUGGCCAACAUGACCAUCAGCGACCAGCACCGCCAGGAGAACGGGGUGCUGGGGGGGCACAGGAGCCCCGGGGAGGCAGUCAUGAAAGAGACUGAAGCGGCGCUCAGUGAGAACGGGGUGACACCCGUUUCUGACCUCUGUGACGACGAGGGGAAACCCGCAACAGGAGGAGCAGCUUCAACAGCUCAAGCAAAGAUGGAUAACGGUUCUGCAGAUAAGACUCUAACUUCCACCAAACCAACCGCCCCCCUUAAAAGACCUUCCGUAGUCACCGGGGGCAACCAGACCCACGCUCCCCCCCGGAGCGGCCCCAGCUCCAUCCCUGUUAAAGCCGGCGCCCCGGUGCCCCGGCAGCCCGAAAGUCUUGGUGGAGCGAAAUCUCAACCCCCCGUGGUCAAGGCUUCGGUCAGAACCGCAGCUCAACCAGCUAGUGCCAAGAAACCUCCCACUCCAAAAAAUAAAAAAGAUGGGAGUGGACAGAGCAGCCCCGGCACUCCCAAAUCUCCAGCUAGCCAAGCGCUCGCCGCCAAAGCUGCGGCCGAGGCCAACAAGGUGAAGAAGGUGGCGGUGGUGCGCUCCUCGCCCAAAUCCCCGGGCUCGCUGAAGAGCCGCCCGCCGGCCCCUCUGGCCGCCGCGGCGCCCAUGCCGGAUCUGAAGCACGUCCGUUCCAAGAUCGGCUCCACGGAGAACAUAAAGCACCAGCCGGGAGGCGGGAAGGUACAAAUCCUUCACCAGAAGGUGGACUAUAGUAAUGUCCAAGCCAAGUGUGGCUCCAAAGACUUUGUGACUCAUGUACCCGGUGGAGGCAAUGUCCAAAUCCUGGAUAAGAAAGUGGACGUGGGGAACGUCCAAGCUCGCUGUGGAUCUAAAGACAAUAUAAAGCACACGCCCGGCGGAGGAAAGGUUCAAAUUGUUGAAAAGAAGCUGGACUUAAGCAACGUGCAGUCCCGUUGCGGCUCCAAAGAUAAUAUGAGACAUGUACCCGGUGGAGGCAAUGUUCAAAUUAUGCACAAAAAGAUCGAUCUGACCAACGUUCAAUCGAAAUGUGGAUCAAAAGCCAACAUCCGUCAUAAGCCAGGUGGUGGAAAUAUUGAGAUAAAAAAUGAGAAGAUUGAGUUCAAAGGUCAGUCGAAGAUCGGCUCUCUUGACAACAUCGGCCACGUCCCAGGAGGAGGACAACGGAGGAUUGAGAGCCACAAGCUGAGUUUCCGCGAGAGCGCCAAGGCCCGCACUGACCACGGCGCUGAGAUCGUGUCCCUGGAAGACUCCCCCCACCAGCUCAGCACCAUGUCCUCCUCUGGCAGCAUCAACAUGGCCGACUCCCCGCAGCUCUCCACGCUGGCCGACCAGGUGUCCGCCUCUCUGGCCAAACAGGGCUUGUGAAUGCACCUGCGCCCCCCCCCCCCCCUCAGAAAAAACACACCUCCACUUCCUCCACCUCAAACAAAACGACCACUUAGAGGAGUUGCGUCGCCUUCCUCCUUGUUUUCCACAGGACUUCUCAGCUACCCAUCACUGUUUAUCCUUCACUAACCGUUGAAGCUGUCCUGAGGCAUUACUGGUAGAGAAGAACAGAGUAACAUCCGCUGUGUUUUCAUCUCUCUCUCUGGUAUUUGAGCCCUUUAUUUGAUAUUUCUACCUUUUGUAAGUGUCCCUUUAAGAGUUCAAAUCACCCCAGCAGAGCCAAACUCUCCCUUUGAAUCUGAGGAUGUCCUCUCAUGUCUCCUGUGGACCUGAGGAUGUCCUUCUCAUGUUUUCUGGUGAAUCUGACGUCAUUUAACACCUGGUUUCCCUUUUAGAAAAUCAUGUUCUAAAUGUCCCCCGGUGUUUCUUUCAAUGAAGCUGAGCUCCAGCAGUCAACAGGGUUGUUAAAGAGAAGAGUAGCAUCGUUUUUCGUCAAGGCCGGAGGGGGGGAGGAAGAUAAAGACCUCAGUGCUGUCUUUGCUUUGUGUAGUCUGGACCCCACGCAGGUUUGACCUGGAUCUAAAAGAAAAAAGAAAUUAAAAAAAGGGAACGACUAGAGUAGAAACUUUGAUUUGUGUUGGGCACAGUUUUAUAAUCGUAUUCUGUGGAUAUAUGACAUGUAUUUGAUAUGAAGAAACAUUUGUAUUGUGCCUGCUACUGUCAGUGUUAUUUUAUUUUUUGUUACUGCUCAAUUGUAAAUGCGCUGAAGCUUCGGGGGGGAAUUAACCUUUUUCUUUUGGCAUUUAAAAAAUAUAACUCAUGUCCAAAUUAAUAAGAAGGAAUAGAGACCGUUUAAUGGUUACAGUAUUUAAACUGCGAUAUGCACAUAAAAACUAGGUAGAAUAAUGUUCACCACCAUUAUGAAGUAUUCCUAUAGCGAGACUACGUAACUUUGAAUAAUCGUAAGGGAACAACCCGGCUAGCUAGCAAGCUAACUGGCACUUAAUGUCAGCGACGGGGAGUGGUCUCACGUUAACGUUAAAUCGUGGUGCAAUUAGCGAGCUAAGUAAAUUAGCCAGCUGCCCCGCUAGUAAGCUGGUAUCCUGCGACCACGCUUUAAUGCUACACUGUGAAGAACAGUAGCUCAUGUGUUGAUAGCAACGAGCUGUUCCUAGCGUGGGCGCUAGGAUGGCACAAUACACUUAACAGCUCGUUGUAGUCGCGGUUAGCCUGCUGCUGGGGCAACAAUGGCAACGGUGCACGUAAAGAUGGCCGCCUCUGACCAUCCCGCCUCAUCGAGUAGAGUGGGAAUCUACUCACAUGGUAUUUCUAUGCAGCAAAGAACACGUUUGCUAACAUUAGCCACUGCUCAUCAGUGUGUUGAACGAAGUGAAAUAUAACGCUUUUUGGAUUUCGACUUUUAGUUUGUACUUCCUCUCACUAAAGCGACUUAGUCUCACUCUAAUUGGUUGUAAAAUAAACAAAAAAAAGUAGUAUUUUAAUGUACUUAACCUGAAUGAAUAUUUCAGAUGGAUGAUGACUGGUUGAUUGGGCCAAGUCGAUAGGAGGGGAACAACAACCAACAACCUGUGCAGCAAAGACGUCUUGCCCCCCAUGACGCGUGUCUGAACCUGAUUCAGCAGGUCACUUUUACCCAGUUCUCUGCUUCCUCACAUGGCCUAAAGUGUGUGGACAAGAGCACACGUGUGUGCAAGCCACUCUCCUGUCCUCCGGCCAAGUAGUCAAGUUCACAGAAGAUACUCUGAGGGAGUCAACACAACCACAGGAAUCUGGAAUUUUUUGUAUUUGUUGAAUGAAGCGAAUACAACCAGCUGCUUUCCUCAAUUUGUGACCCGUCAGAACUACAUGUGCUGAAAAGCAUCCUUGAUUACCCUGGUGGCUCAUUACUGUUACUCGCAUUCAUAUGAGAAACUUCUUGCAUGCACCUCAUGUAAGUGAAGAGAGUCCGCUUGUCGCCUCCCCUUAUCACAAAGUGGUCUUUGUGUACCCUCUCUUAUCAACGCUUUCUGCAUUUUGAAGACCGGCCAGUGGAAGACUUAAAAAAAAACAACAAAAAAACACGUCACUCACAUUCGUCGCCGCAAUAGAAGAAAAACUGUGAAGAUGCUGCUUUAAAUGGGCAGACGGUACUUCAGGGUGCGCAUGUCAUCCGCAUGCCGAGUUCUUUUUUAGUAAGACCCCACUCAUCUCCAGAGGGACGGGGGUCAAAGGUCAAAGUCAUCUCAAGAGGUUCUCUGCAGUAAAACUCUCCACUUUUUUUUUUUAUUUUGUUUUUGGGGUUAGGUCUGCCGCUGUAUGGUCUGUGGAAAUGUGAUUGUUCUCGUUGUUGUGCAUUUGAUCAAUAACUGGUUUAUGAUGAUUCUUGUUGCUGUAUAUGUGUAUUUCAAAAUAAAUGUUAUGAAGCCACA